UGGAACUUGGAAGCGAUACGGAUAAUAACCUAGGUAGGUAUAACUCUAAAUCUCAACACCCAGAAAUAAUAAACGCAGCUCAACCAUGGAUCCCAUAAUCAUCAUUAUACACCCAAUCCGGCAACAAUAAAGAGCCACACCUCAAUAAAAGAAAACAUCACUGCAACAUCCAUACCACGCUUGCAACCAAGCAAGCAAGCAACCAGCAAUGUCAUGAAAUGUCCAAGACAUCCCAACUCUCCACCCCCUGUCUCAUCUCCCUAGCCUUCACCACUCUCUUCCUUAUAACUAUCACCAUUCUCUCCUUCACACCUCCCGACAUCCUCCCACGUAUUCUCCCUCCCAUCUGUCCUGCACAACCCCCCGACCAAGCCCAACAAACCCACGGCCGGAUAUUCACCGAGCGCCCCGAACUCGAACGCAUCAACGCCGACUCCGACUCCGACGAAGUCCAAACAUGGGAAUCUCUUCUCAUCCCACCCAGCGGCGGGGGCAUCCACUCCCACACAGUCCCUGACAGUAUCCAUCUCAACCAUAGCCGGGAGGGAAAGAUCCUCAGCUGGGGCAUCUCCAUGUUCCAUCAACUGCACUGUCUGGUUGCGCUCCGCGCACUUGUCUUCCCCGAAACAUCGGAGAGUAAGAUCAACUCAACGAGCGGGGCGCAUACGGGCAAUAUGGCGCAUGAUCGGGGCCAUUAGGCGCAUUGCUUCGACUAUAUAGCCCAGGUUAGUAUAGGCCACUCCAUUCGUGUCUGUAUUUUGUAUCUGAGACUGAUCAUGGCAGGGCAUUCUCUGUGCCGCGGAUGAUACGAUCGAACCGCCCCGGAAAGCGGUUGAUCGGGAUGGCAAGACGAUUUUUGAUAUCGAUGGGGUGGGCGCGAUGCAUCAGUGUCGGGGUGCGAGGGUGCUGUGGGAGACGUC